AUGAUCUCGGCUUUCCAGCCAUUCGCCUCUUCCUCAAGUUUUUGCCAUAUCGUAUUCCUUCACGAAUUCCAUUCAACCGCUGCCAAUAUGUUCAAACGCACUCCUUUCGCGACCCCUGAGUAUGCAUUCUCGGGUCUUUCCUAUUGCCCUCCUUAUUCCCGGGACCGGCAGGUCCCAGUGGCCGAAUAUCCUGCGGUUUGCCAUUUUCUAGACCGCGGAGGCAUCCCAGGCUGCCUCUCGAAGCUGAACACGAUAUUUGGGGAAUGCCGAAGAAUCCAGGAAAAGCCCACAUGGGUUCCGAAGCACUCCUUUACUCACCAUGACACUUUAAAGCUGCGUGGAUGA